AUGGAGCUUAUAUCAGGUUUGAUCAACACUCCAAAGUCUCAAUCGGCUGAAGACAUCAUACCAACACUUUGUGACAGAUUGAACCAUGCAUCGCUAGCUAGUGAUAAAAGGGCUGCUAUCUUGACCUUAAAAGGGUUCAGUCGUGAAUAUAGAGAAUCGGUCAUCGCCCAUGGGUUACGUGGUUUGAUUAGUACAUUGAAAAGUUUCACUAUAGAUACAGAAAUUGUUAAAGCAUGUCUUGAAACAUUGUUAAUCUUAUUUAUCAGGGGUGAAGGUGAUGAUGACAAGACAAGAAAUUGGAUUUCUCAACAAUCAAGAGUUCAAAAUGGGAAAUAUCCUUCUCCAUUAUUAAUGAAGGAAGAAUCUAAUACCAUUGAUCAAUUUUCUUUGUGGAUUGCAGAUGAAUUCAUUCAAGAUGUCUCAAAUGUUGGACUGAUCUUAUCAUUGUUGGAAAACACUGAUUUCUACGUGAGAAUGUACACACUACAAUUCCUUGAAGCAUUGGUAUCAAUGAGAGCAUCAAGAGCUAAAGAAGCAAUAUUGAAUUCACCUUUAGGUAUUUCAUCUUUAAUUUCAGUACUUGAAGAUUCUCAUGAUCCAGUAAGGAAUGAAGGUGUCUUAUUAUUAAUGGCCAUUGCAAAUGAUAAUUUCAAUAUCCAAAAAUUAAUUGCUUUUGAAAAUACAUUUGAUAAAUUAUUUGAAAUUAUCCAUGAAGAAGGUGAUAUACGUGGUAGUAUUGUUGUUCAAGAUUGUUUAUCAUUAGUUGCAAAUCUUUUAAAAUAUAACGUUUCAAAUCAAAAAUUAUUCUUGGAAACAAAUUGUCUUCCAAAACUUGCAUAUUUAAUUGGUGAACCACUUUCAGGUGAAGAAAUCAUAUGGAAUGAUCAAAGAUUACAAAAUGUUAUUAUCGCAUUAGAUAUUGUUAGACUUUUCGUUAUGGAAGAAAAUGAAUCCACUGUAAGAAAUCAAGAAAUUUUAGCAAAUGCUGAUAUUUUUAUUCAUGUAUUAAGAUUAUCAUUUUCAGAAUCAGCUCCAAAUGCCUUAAGAUCAACUGCAUUAAUUACUACAGCUGAUUUAAUCCAAGGAAAUCCUGCAUUACAAUAUCAAUUUAGUUCUAUAGAUGUUCCAUAUAUUGAUCCAAGUUUACCCAAACAAUUACAGAAACAUGAUGGUGAUAUCCCAGUUGUUAUCGCUUUGUUGAAUUGGUGUUUAUUUGUUAAUUCUGUUCAUUUAUUUGAUAUUAGGGUUGCUGCUGCAUAUUUAUUAGAAGCUUAUUUCAAAGAUAAUAAAGAUGCUAAACUUGAUUUCAUUCAAAGUCAAAUCACAGCUUACAAGGCCAAAGACGAGGAGGUACCAUCCACUUCUAAUUCUACAGAAACUAAUACCGAUGAAGCUCCAAAAGAACAAUCGCCUACUGAAAAUGGUAAUGGCCAAGCCAAUGGUCAAGUCAAUGGUGAUAUAUCACAAGAAGUUAAAGCCCCUAAAUCAAAAUUGAAAGCACCACCAAUUGGUAACUUAUUUAAAGCUAUCUUAGAAUAUGAUCCAGAAAUCAAAUUGAAUCCAUACAAAAUUUGGUUUUCAUCUGUAAUUCUUCUACAUUUGUUUGAAGGUGAGGAUGAAAUUAGAAAAGAAGUUCAAAAAAUUACUACAGGGGAUGAAGAAGAAGGUGAAGAAGUUUUGACUGCUAUUCAAGCAAUCUCAGAUGUCUUAGUAACAGCAAUUGGCUCACAAGAUCCAAGAAUCUCUACUGGGUAUUUAAUGCUCUUGAUUGUCUGGUUAUAUGAAGACUUUGACGCUGUUGAUGAUUUCUUGAGUGAACAAUCUACAGUUAAAUCAUUAUUAUCAUAUUUGGCUUCUGCCACAGCUGAAAGUGAUGUUGUUCAAGGAUUAUGUGCAACUCUUAUGGGUGUGGCCUUUGAAUUCUCAAGAAGAGAUUCCCCAAUCAAUAGAGUAGAACUCCAUUCAUUAAUUGUGAAAAUGAUUGGUAAAGAUGUUUAUACUUUGAAAAUUAGACAGUUGAAAGAACAUCCGUUGUUUGCUGAUUUUGCCGAGGAAACAAUAUUCAACCCUAAAAGAGAUGAUUCAGGUUUACCAGAAGUAUUUUUUGAUCCUAUUUUAGUUUAUUUGAUUAAAGAGAAUUUUAAUAGAAUCAAAAACACAUUGAAUAAAGAUCCUAAUUUAGAAUCAAAUGGAAGAAUUUCAUAUGAAAAAUUUGAAGAACUUCAAACUACAUAUCUUGACUUGAAAAAAACACACGGUGAUUUAGAAGAAAGUUCUGAAAAGUUGAAAACUGAGUUGACAGAUUCAUUAAAUAGUGCUAAAGUUGAACUAGAAAAAUCAACAAACUCUUACGAGUCUAGCCAAAGAGAAUUGGAAGAAUUAACUUCAAGAUAUGAUUCAGCUAGUAAAGAAUUGGAGCUAAUUAAGUCACAACUAUCUUCACUAGAGAAACAACAUCAAGACUUAACUAAUACUUCAAGUCAGCAGAGUAAGAGUAUUCAAAGUUCAUCUGAUAAAUUAGCUUCAAGAGAAUCUGAAAUUACCAAGUUAAAGCAACAAUUAGAGCAAACAACAUCUGAUAAACAGAAAGCUGAUGGUGAUAUCAACAAAAUGAGCAGAGAAUUAUUUUUAUUAUCCAAACAAAAAGAUGAAGUUGAAAAGAAAGUCAAAGCUUUAGAGAAAUCGUUAGAGAAUGCUGGUAAACAAGAAAAGAAAUUACAAUCAACUUCAAGUCAACAAUCAGAAGAAAUAAAGUCCUUGAAAUCACAAGUUGCAAAUUUGACUACUCAAAUCACUAAUUCUGCAAAUCAAAAAUCUCAAGUUGAAAAACAGUUACAAGAUGCUAAAGCACAACAUGGUCAGAGUUCUUCUUUAGUAAACCAAUUAUCAGAAAAACUUAGAGGUCUUGCUAAUUCCUACAAUGAGAUCAAUACUGCAAAAGAAGCAUUAGAAGGUCAAAUUGCCACUUUACAACGCUCUUCAGAAUCUGAAACGGCCACUUUAAAAUCACAGAUUGAAGAGUUAACUGUAUCGAAGGGAUCUUUGGAAGGUCAACUUUCAAAAUUCAAGACCGAGAAUGAUCAAUUUCAAAAAUCCAUGGAUAAGGAGAAAAAAAGUUUGGAAGAUACCAUUAAGAACUUAGAAAGUGAAAAUGAAAAGUUUAAGAGUGAAGCUUCUUACAUUAAAGCCGAACUUGAUAAAGUCAAAGAAGAAGUUACUGAAUUAAAAUCAAAAUUGGAGAAGGCCAACCAAGAAGUCGAAGUAUCUCGCAAGACACUAGAAGAGAAAGAAUCACAACAUUCAAAGGCAUUAUCACUCAAAACCAAGGAUCACGAUAGUAUAAAGUCAACAUUAGAAAAGGAAUUAUCUGAAUUACGUGACAAUCAUACUAAAGAAUCAUCAAACUUUUCGGAGAAAUUAGCAAGUUUGGAAAUUCUGAAAAAAUCAUUAGAAGAUGAAGUUAAAAAUCAUAAAACUUCACACUCAAAUCUCGAGUCAGAAUUCAAUAGUAAGAAAGAUGAGCUUGAUAAAGCUCAGAAUGAACUAGUAAAGUUCAAAACCGAAAAGAGUGAUUUAGAUGCGCAAAUAUUGAAACAUGCUAAUGAAUUAGAAAGUGUCAAGAAAGCUCAUGAAGAUGAAAAGGUUAAAUCCGGUAAUAAACUUGAAGAAUUAAUAUCUAGUAAACAAGCAUUAGAAGUUGAACUUGAUGAUUUAGCUGUUGAAUAUGAAUCGAAGGAGCUAGAGUUUAAGAAAGAGAUCACAUCACUAAAAGAAAAGGUGGGAUCUUUAGAAGAAGAAAAGAAAUCUUUAGAAUCCACUCUUGAAAUGAUAUCGCAGAACAUGGAAGAUAAGGCUCAUGAGUAUGAAAGCUUGAAAAAGGAAUCAAAAAAGAAAGAGACAGAGUUUGCAGAGCUUCAAAAAACAUCAACAGCCAACAAUGUGAAGAACACUGAACUUACAGAAUCAUUAGAGAAACUCAAAGAAGAACUUUCAAAAGUACAAGAAAAUUAUACUGAGGCAAAAGAAUCAUUAGCAACCUCAAGUAAGGAACUAGAUGAGAAACAGACCCGUAUUAAGUCUUUGGAAAAGAAAUCCAACCAACAAAAAGAAAAAUAUGAUGAUCGUAUCAAGUCUCUGGAAUCUGAUCUGAAAUCUUACAAGGAAGACCUUGAGUCUAAGAAUCAAGAAUUUGAAAAAGAACGUGCUAUGUUGAGUGAUGAUUCAAAUGAUACCAUAAAAGGUUAUAUUGAGAAAGUGUCUAAACUUGAAGAAAAAAUCAAAGAAUCCGAAUCUCAAUCUUCAACCAAGACGAAAUCACUAAAUGAUAAAAAUACUAAAUUAGAAGACACUAUUAGUGAACUUGAAUCUAAAAUAUCAUCAUUAACAUCUGAAAGUACCACAAAGGAAGAGAAGCUUGGAAAACUUCGAACAUCUGUUAAAGAAUUGACAACUACCAAAUCAAAACUUGAUCAAGAGAUCCAACAAUUAAAGAAAGAAAACUCAGUAAUAGUUGAUUUGAAUGCAAAGAUCACCAAACUUGAAGAAACUGUCACUGAAAAAGAGAACCUGCUAAAGGCAAAUAAGGACAAAUUAAUGGACUCUGACCAAAAAAUUGAAGCUAGUGAAAAGAAGAUUCUCGAUACAGUGGAACAGUUAGAAAGUACCAAAGCAGAAUUCUCCAAGUAUAAAAAUGAUUCGACUAAAACUUCAUCUAAAGCACAAGAUUCACAAAAGAAACUUGAAAAAGAAAUUGAAGAGCUUCGCUCAUUUAAAGAGGAGGCAACUGAUUUGAAGAGUGACAUUAAGAAGCUUGAACAGCAAGUCACAAAAGACAAAGAGACCAAUGACGCUUUAAAGAGUGAAAUCGAAACCUUGAAGAAAUCUUUUGCUGAUUCAUCGGAUGUUAUUGAAGCCACCAAGAAAGAGUAUCAAUCCAAGCUAGAGGAGAAAGAGGUAGCUUCUUCAAAAGAAAAAGAUGAGGCUGAAAAGUACAAACGAGAAAAUGAAAAGAUACAUAAAGAUUUAGCUAAAGAAAAGAAGGAAGCUGAAGAAUUAAGAAAAGAAGCGGUGUCUUUGAAAGAUAGUGCCGAGAAAGACAAAGCUCACAUUGAUUUAUUAAGCAAAGAAAACCUUGAAAUUGAAAAACUCAAGAAGGAACUUGAAGACUUGAAGAAAAAUACAGUUCCAAAGUCAGAGUUAGAUGACUUGGUAUUAGUUCUUGAUGAAAUGGACGAAUUAAAAAGAAAGUAUAAAGCAAAGGCAAAAGAAUUGGGAGGUGAUGUAUCCAGCGACGAAGAAGACGAUGACGAUGAAGACGAUGACGAAUAG